CGGCAGAUCGGGUUUUCUUUAAUCUACCGCGUGUGAGUCGAAUGCUUUCUUCCAUGAGAGUCUCUUUUGGGGGAGGGUCCGUGCAUUCAUUCUCCGGAGAUGGUGGCAGCAAUUCAGUUUGCGUUGCUUCUGCUUCAGUUUCCGCAGGCUGGCUGGUUGUUUCGGAUACAGUAUCUGCUUUCUGGUUAUUUAAGGAUGCUGAACGUGUAGGUGGUUUAGCCAACUGUGAAGGAACUUUUGAAGGUCCCACAUCUUUCUUGGUCAACUGAGGCAUCCCCAUCUGGUUAAGCUGAUUGGAUAUUGUUAUGAAGAAGAUAACAGGCUCCUGGUGUAUGAAUAUAUGCCAAGAGGAAGCUUAGAAAAUCAACUCUUUAGGAAGUAUUCGGCUACAUUACCAUGGUCGACUCGGAUGAAAAUUGCAUUAGGAGCAGCAAAAGGUCUGGCCUUCCUACACGAAGCAGAUAAACUAGUGAUAUUUAGGGACUUUAAAUCUUCAAACAUCUUAUUAGACUAUGAUUACAAUUGUAAACUAUCCGAUUUCGGGUUAGCGAAGGACGGUCCAGGAUGCGGAGAGACGCAUGUAACGACACGAGUAAUGGGCACACAAGGAUAUGCAGCUCCGGAGUACAUCAUGACUGGUCAUUUGACAACAAUGAGUGAUGUAUACAGCUUCGGAGUGGUUCUAUUGGAGUUAUUGAUGGGGAAACGAUCGGUGGACAAUAGCCGUCCCGGUCGAGAACAGAGCCUUGUGGAAUGGGCAAGGCCAUUGUUAAGGGACUCUAUGAAGGUUGACAGGCUAAUAGAUGCAAGACUCGAGGGACAAUUUUCCAACAAGGGCGCCCCAAAGGUGGCCGCAUUGGCUUACAAAUGCUUGAGCCACCAGCCGAAGCCGAGGCCGGGCAUGGGCGAUGUGGUCAAAAUACUGGACUCUGUUCAAGGGUUUGUGGAUGAAUUUGUUGGAACAUUUGUUUAUGUAGUGCCGAAUGAAACCGAUGAUAGCAACGAGUUCUUUACGAUGAAGGAUCGUGGCGUGGAAAAACAUGAUCGACAUCGUUGUGGUUGGCGGAAUCGGAUCAAAUUGCCUCGUUCUUUGGUGACUAAUGCAGAAUCACCAUGUAACAUGAGCAUGUGAGAAAUUUAUUUUUAUAUGAUCGAAAUUUUAU